AUGAUCAAACCCAAUGGAGUGAUGAAGAUUGAGGAGAUCAUCCACAACGAGCCUCCGCGACUGCUCAUCGUAUACGACAAGGGCCAAGAAGAGAUUACCAGGGUCGUCGCGGACGUCCUGGGCCAUACGUACUCGGUCGCCGGGUCGUGGGAUAUUGCUAAGGGAUGGUUGGACGAGGUGGUGGUCGGUUUGCAGAACGAUUUGAUUACGGAGCCGGAGUCUUUGCGCAAACUGGACAGGACUAUUAUUACGACCCACUGCAUUGAUUCGCAGGAUUUACGCGACGAACACUUGACUUCUUUUUGCGAUUAUGAAUACCUUUAUACACACCGCACACCUAUUCGGCGCGACCUCGCGCGGUAUUUGAGCUUUAUACUGGGUCAGAUCAAACCACAUGAAGAUCUGAAGAGGAAGCAGCGGACUACUCUGCUGUCGACGACUUUUCCUGACAUUCGAGGCGCAUUGCCUAAUCUCGACAUUCUAUCGGUUGGCGCAGAUUCGGUGGAGCUUCGAGUCGACUUGCUCAGGGAUCCGGCCACAGAUGGAGAGUUCAGCUCCGUCCCUGGGUUGAAGUAUGUUGGCGAGCAAGUGAUGCUCUUGCGUCAGAGGACUGAGCUGCCGAUCAUCUUUACGACGAGAUGUACCCGGGAGAAUGGACGCUUUCCCAUGGACGACCCGGCGCUGUUCUAUCAGUACUUGCGCAAGGCCAUACAAUGGGGUUGUGAAUACAUUGAUGUUGAGCUCUGGCUACCCGAACCAAUUCGACGCCAGCUUGCAACCGAGAAGGGGAACAGCAAGAUCAUAUCUGCCUGGCACGACUUUUCGGGUCAGUUCAAAUGGACAUCGCCCGAUGCGCAUCGACUCUAUAAGGAGGGCGCAGUGUACGGCGACAUUGUCAAGAUGAUCGCUCUGGUUAACAACAUGGAGGACAACUACGAACUGGAGUAUUUCCGCUCUACCCUUCAAAGCACUCCUUCGAACCCUCCUUUCUCAGGACUCAACAUGGGCACUGUUGGCCAGCUGUCAAGGACGCUGAAUAAGGUCUUCACGCCAAUAACACAUCCGCUUCUGCCCCUGAUUGCGGCUCCUGGACAAUUGAGUGCAGCAGAGAUCAACUCCAUGCUUCACUUUAUGGGACAGAUGCCACGGCUGGACAUGUACGCCAUCGGCCAUGUCAGAUCGAAUGGACUGGGAACAUUCUUUGAGAAGUGUCUCAACGAAUUGAGUCAACCUCACCAGCUUACUACGGUUGAUACGCUGCCUCAUGGAUCGAUCGAGCCGUUCCUGCACCGCCAGCAAUUCGGUGGUGCUUAUAUCAAUCCACCCCUUCCAGUCGAGACUGCCCCUUAUUUACCAACGCUCACUGAAGCCGCAUCGGCCAUCGGUCAAGUCGACACUAUUGCGGUCCGCUCGACGAAUAGCGGCAAGGCGUUGGUCGCCGACAAUGUCACCUGGAAAGGAGUGCGUGCAACACUGACAAGAGACUUUGUUCCCUCGGCAUACGCUGGCAGGACUGCUCUGGUGCUCGGCAACUCUGAGCCACAGGCCGCCGCGGCGAUCUACGCACUGGCAAGUCUUGACAUCGGCUCAGUCUAUACCAUUGGAUUCGGCGUCAGGUCUCAUUUGGGUGUCGAUACCCAACAACUGCAAGGCCUCGACGACUUGAAACGACUGGAACAUCCAUUCGUAAUCAUCUCAGCAUUACCUGCUGAGAAGUCACACCUCGUGUCUCCAAUUCUGAAGCACUACAGCAACGCACAAGGCAAGCCCACGAAUCGCUCGGGCAAGAUCUUUGUCGACUUGUCGAAUGGCAUCAAAGGCAAAGGAGACUCGGUAUCUGUCGCCUCGUCUCUCGGCUGGGCAUCAAACGGCAUCGCUGAUGUAAACGCAUGGACAAUCGUCGAGACGCUGAGGUUGUUGAUUGGAGAGAACGUGCCUUGGGACUUUGUCAGGCUGGUCGGAGGGAGAAACUUAUACACAUGA